GUAAAGCUUUCAGCAGUAAUAUAUGGAGCAGCAUGACUUCUGCCUUAACUGCUGGUUAAUCAGAAGCUCUGCUCGAAUGUGGUCGAAUGCACCUGGAUUAUGAAAGAUCUCCGCGGAUGUUAUAAGAGCAGACGAGGACGUCGGGUUUGUUUAUCGUGGACAGGAAAUAGAGCUUCGUCGUCGGGUCGAGCCAUAGGCGGAUCGGUAUGGUGCUGAAGAACGUGGAUUCGGAGGCUGUACAAGUGCUACACGUGGCUCUAGAGCCCGGGAUGGGUCAGAGUGGCAAAAUGAACGAGGAGAAGAAGCUGGACGUUUCAGAAGAAUCAUCUAGUCGGAGUUCUGAGGGUUUCAUUCCCAAGCGACUGUGGGUUCUGCAUGGAACCAUCAUGUUUGGCCGUGAGUUCUGCUACGCGAUGGAAACGGCUCUGGUCACGCCUGUGCUGCUACAGAUAGGUCUUCCAGAGCAGUACUACAGUCUAACGUGGUUCCUUAGCCCAAUUUUGGGUUUAAUCCUCUCUCCUCUGAUCGGCUCAGCCAGUGAUCAGUGUACCCUGAAAUGGGGUCGGAGAAGGCCCUUCAUUCUGGCUCUCGGUGUCGGAGUGCUGAUGGGUGUGGCACUUUUUCUCAAUGGAUCUGUCGUGGGUCUGGCUGUUGGAGAUUUUCCCGGUAACCAGCCCAUCGGGAUCGUCCUGACAGUGCUGGGCGUGGUGGUGCUGGACUUCUGUCUGGACGCUUUAGAUGGACCGAUCAGGUCGUACUUGCUGGACGUGGCUGAUGUAGAAGAGCAGGACAUGGCUCUCAAUAUUCAUGCCUUUGCAGCAGGAUUAGGAGGCGCUAUGGGCUACAUGUUCGGAGGAAUGGACUGGACGAACACCUUCUUGGGUCAUGCCUUUAAGGCCCAAGAGCAAGUGCUCUUCUUCUUCGCGUCCAUCGUCUUUAUCAUUUCAGUUGCACUUCAUCUUUUUAGCAUCAAGGAGCAUCCGUACGACCCCCGUCGGCAGAAGUCGCAUGACGGCGAGGAGUCCGAGAGCUCCUCGUCCGUCGAGCUGAACAGGGGCCUUUCGUGCCCUCGCCCGGGGCCUCGGCUGGACCUCAUUAGCGAGGAGGGUGAUUUUCAGUUUUACGAUGACGAUCAGUCUGAGCGAGAGAUCCAAAUGGACUUCCUGAACGUGCGGAGUAAAAGCGACUCGGCCCUCGCCGUACCGGACACCACCAUCAAGCUUGAUCUGGACCUGGAUCUCGAUGGGUAUUUUCUCCACAAUGUGGAGAACUUUAGAUCCGAGAUGCCAUUUAAAAAUUGCCAUGACGGUGCUUGCCAGGCCAGUCAGAGCUCCGUCCUCCACCUCGAAGUGGAUCCAAACAAUAAAGACGGAUUCUUUGCCUCUACCAAAGUCAUCGCUGGUGACCUUGCUGGUAACGGCAACCCGGCGUCUCUCACCGUGGCUCCAACGAAUCAGCAGCACAGAUCUUGCCUCCGUCACUCCAACGUGGCGGUGCGUCGCAGACACCCUUCCUUCUUCCGCCAACCUUCCUUUACCUUCACCUACCACGGGCGGAUGGGCUUCCAGCGGCCACGUCGACGCCCCAUCGAGUCGUCGCGGAGCUUGAACGACCUCGACGCGUUGGCGAAACACCAGGCGCGGCGCAGGAUGCAGCACAGCGGCAGCACGUCCACCGAGACCGAAGACGACGGGAGCGAGGACGGAGGGCAAGGCGGCACGACCGUGAAGCUCAUGUGGUUGUCCAUGCUGAAGAUGCCGCCGCAUCUCUGGCGCCUGUGCGUGUGCCACCUCCUCACUUGGUUUUCCAUCAUCUCUCAGGCCGUUUUCUACACUGACUUCAUGGGGCAAGUCAUCUUCGAAGGGGACCCGAUGGCUGCUACCAAUACAACCGAUCUUCAGAACUACCAUAAGGGAGUGCAGAUGGGUUGUUGGGGACUCGUCGUCUAUGCUUUUACUUCUGCUAUCUGCUCAGCUGUCCUUCAGAAGUACCUGGACAACUAUGACUUAAGCAUUAAGAUCAUCUACAUGCUGGGCACCUUUGGCUUUGCGGUGGGCACGGCGGUGAUGGCCAUCUUCCCGAACAUCUACGUUGCCAUGGUGAUGAUAAGCAGCAUGGGAAUCGUCUCCAUGAGUAUAUCGUACUGUCCGUACGCUCUGCUGGGGCAGUACCACGAAAUCAAAGAGUACAUUCUUCACAGUCCGGGUAAAUCUCGCCGAGGGUUCGGCAUCGACUGCGCCAUCCUGACCUGCCAGGUUUACAUCUCUCAGAUCCUGGUGGCGUCGGCUCUCGGCGCGGUGGUGAAGGCCGUGGGCACGGUACGGGUCAUCCCUAUGGUGGCCUCCGGGGGGUCUUUCCUCGGCUUCAUCACCGCUGCUUUGCUGGUCAUCUACCCCGACACCCCUGAGGAGGAGGACGACGACGAAGAGGAGCGGUCCCCAAGUACAGCUUCAGCUUCGUAAUGAAAAACAAAACUUGGUUACAUCCCGCAUGGUGUUAAAUGCUUAAAACAACAGUGCAAAGGUGAAAAUUAGGUGUAGUUUAGAAUAAACUACCAAUCCCAGGUUGCACCACUGCAAAUCCGUCUUGAUCAUAAUAAAAUCAAGGCAGCCGGAGGGGGAAUAUUAAAGAAAUGGUGCCCAAACUUUUGCAUUCUUCCACCUCCAGUAUUUAUUUGAAACUGAUUGGUACAGAAACAUUAUUACUGAGCCGCUCAGGUGGCGCAGCGGUAAAAGACACGCGCUGCAACCAGGGCUGGAUUUCGAAGGAGCGUCGUUUCGAAUCCAGCUCUGCCUUCACGGUCGAGGCUGGGCGGCUACGGACAACGAUUGGCCUGUUGUCCGGGU